AUGGAUGAGAUAAAGCUGAAGGACAGGGCGGUCAGUGUUCUGGAUAAGGCGCUGGGGCUGCAGGCUGGACACGCCCACCGGCUGCAGCUGCAGACUCAGGCUGCCGAGCAGCAAAUCGCAGCCCUGAGAGACGCUCAGAGGGCGGGGCUUAACCACCCCACACCUACCCCCCCCUCUAACAGCGCACCUCACAUUUCUCAGGAGGAUCGAGACACUCGCAGGUUCCAGCUGAAGAUCGCUGAGCUGAGCGCUGUGGUCCGGAAGCUGGAGGACAGGAACGCCCUGCUGUCUGAGGAGCGCAACGAGCUGCUGAAGCGUCUGAGAGAAGCUGAGAGUCAGUUUCUUCCUCUUUUGGACAAAAACAAACGGCUGAGCAGGAAGAACGAAGAGCUGGCUCUCGCUCUGCGUCGCCUCGACAACAAGCUUCGCUUCGUCACCCAGGAGAACCUGGAGAUGAGGAGGCCGAGUUCGUUAAACGACCUGGACCGGAGCCACUCCACCAGUUACCAUGGUUACAGCCAGGAUGAGAGGGAGAUGGAGUUUCUACGGUUACAGGUGCUGGAGCAGCAGCACAUCAUCGAGGACCUGUCCAAGGCUCUGGAGACAGCUGGUUAUGUGAAGAAUGUUAUUGAGAGGGACAUGUUACUGCGCUACCGACGUCAGGACUCAGUGAGGAGGAAACGGACCUUCAGAGCCUGCAGGGUCAUUGAGACGUUCUACGGCUACGAUGAAGAGGCGUCUGUGGACUCUGAUGGAUCAUCUUUGUCGUUUCACACCGACAGGACUCCGGAUACAGAACCAGAGGAGGUGUGUGUGCGUGAGGAGGCGGAGCUUCGGUAUCGUCAGCUGACUCAGGAGCUGCUGGCGGAGAUCAGUCGGUAUCAGACCCGAGUGGCAGAUCUGGAGUCGGCGCUGAAACAACAAGGACUGGAUGUCAAGUGGGUGGAGGAGAAGCAGCUGCUGUAUCAGAGGAACCAGGAGCUGGUGGAGAAGGUGAGACAGAUGGAAGGUGAAGAGCUGCGACUGCAAGAUGACAUCCAGGACGCCAGAGACCAGAAUGAGCUGCUGGAGUUCAGGAUCUUAGAGCUGGAGGAGAGAGAGCGACGCUCACCUGCCAUCAACUUCCCACAACUACAUUUCCCAGAAGGCCUCAGUCCUCUGCAGAUCUACUGUGAGGCAGAGGGAGUCACUGACAUUGUGAUCAGUGAGUUGAUGAAGAAGCUGGACAUUCUGGGAGAUAACGCCACUCUAUCCAAUGAGGAGCAGGUCGUGGUGAUUCAUGCCAGGACGGUGCUCACUCUGGCAGAGAAGUGGCUGGAGUCCAUUGAAGUGACAAAGUCGGCUCUGCAGCAGAAGAUGUUGGACAUUGAGAGCGAGAAGGAUCUGUUCAGUAAACAGAAAGGCUACCUGGACGAAGAGCUCGACUACAGGAAGCAGUCCAUGGAUCAGGCCCACAAGAGGAUCCUGGAGCUGGAGGCCAUGUUGUUUGAGGCUCUGCAGCAGGAGGAGGAGUCCAGGAUGGAGGGCUUAAAGAUGGAGGAGGGCCGACUGUCCGAGAGCCUGACGGAAGAGGAGAGGGAGGAGCUAAGGAGGGCCAUGGACCAAUGGAAACGCACUGUGAUGUGCGAACUGAGAGAGAGGGACGCACAAAUCCUCCGAGAGAGGAUGGAACUGUUGCAGCUCACCCAGCAGAGGAACAAGGAGCUGGAGGAGUUUAUAGAAGCACAGAAGCGACAGAUCAAAGAGCUGGAGGAGAAGUUUCUAUUUCUGUUUCUAUUCUUCUCUUUGGCCUUCAUCCUCUGGUCCUAG